GGAGCAGAAGUCCACCUUCUGUCCUGGCAGUCCAGAACUCCACUUGGCAACCUCAGCCUUGGUAGAGUCAUCCCAGCGUCUGAGAGCCAAGAUGCCGGUGCGCUUGCUGCAAGAAAAGCUCUCCAGCUCCUACACCACCACCACCCCCAUCACAGCACCUCCCAAAGGGAGCCUGAAGAAUGAAGGAGAGAAGUUGGAGAAGAUCUCUCUCUACUUGGCAGAAGACAUUCGCCCUGAAAUGAAAGAUGACAUAUAUGACCCCAGCUAUCAGGAUGCAGAGGGCCCCAGGCCCAAGCUUGAGUAUGUCUGGAGAAACAUCAUUCUCAUGGGUCUGCUGCACUUGGGAGCCCUGUAUGGGCUCACACUGGUUCCCACCUGCAAGUUCUACACUUGGCUCUGGGCAUAUUUCUGCUAUUGGACCAGUGUUGAGGGCAUCGGAGCAGGAGCUCAUCGCCUGUGGAGCCACCGAACUUACAAAGCGCGACUGCCCCUGCGGCUCUUCCUGAUCAUCGCCAACACCAUGGCGUUCCAGAAUGAUGUUUAUGAGUGGGCCCGAGAUCACCGCGCCCACCACAAGUUCUCAGAAACAGAUGCCGACCCUCACAAUUCCCGCCGAGGCUUCUUCUUCUCUCACGUGGGUUGGCUGCUUGUGCGCAAACACCCAGCCGUCAAAGAGAAGGGCAUGACGCUGGACCUGUCUGACCUAAGAGCCGAGAAGCUGGUGAUGUUCCAGAGGAGGUACUACAAGCCUGCUGUCUUCUUGAUGUGCUUCAUCCUGCCCACUCUGGUGCCCUGUUUUUGUUGGGGUGAAACUUUUCUACACAGCUUGUAUGUUGCCACAUUUCUGCGAUAUGCUGUAGUGCUCAACAUCACCUGGCUGGUGAACAGUGCCGCCCAUCUCUAUGGAUACCGUCCCUAUGACAAGAACAUCGAACCCCGUGAGAGUUCCCUGGUUUCCCUGGGAACUAUGGGCGAGGGCUUCCACAACUACCACCAUGCCUUUCCCUAUGACUACUCUGCCAGUGAGUACCGCUGGCACAUCAACUUCACCACGUUCUUCAUUGACUGCAUGGCUGUCCUGGGUCUGGCUUAUGACCGGAAGAAAGUAUCUAAGGCUGCCAUCUUGGCCAGGGUUAAAAGAACUGGAGAUGGAAGCCACAAGAGUGACUGAGUUGGGGUUUUCUGGGGCCCUGUUCCAAAAGCCAGCGGGACAGAAGUUUAAUGUUCUGUCAAUUCACUAAUUAGUAAUGCU